CAGCAAUUUUCAUUACAAUAAAAGAGUGAUUCAUACUCACCCAAUAUUUUCCAAUUAAAGAAAACGAAAACAACACACCAAACAAGCAAAGCAAACUUGUUCCACUAAAAGACAUCAAAUACUAGCAAAAAGAUGUUUUCCGAAGUUCUAGCAUCAUGGCUGGUGUUGUUGUUGCUGUCGAGUCUGCACGGUUCAGUUGCAAGACCGGACCGGUUGGAGUGGGAGCCGAUGAUUAGAUUACCGGGUGAACCGGUUGAUGCUGACGUGGAGGAUGAAAUUGGAACCCGAUGGGCGGUUCUAGUGGCUGGUUCUAAUGGUUACGGCAAUUACAGGCACCAAGCAGAUGUGUGCCAUGCAUACCAGUUGCUAAUAAAAGGAGGAGUAAAAGAAGAAAAUAUAGUGGUGUUUAUGUACGAUGAUAUUGCUUACAGCGAGUUGAAUCCUAGGCCUGGGGUUAUUAUCAACCAUCCACAAGGACCCAAUGUUUAUGCUGGAGUUCCUAAGGAUUACACUGGUGACUUCGUGACAGCUGAGAACUUCUACGCUGUUAUUCUUGGGGACAAGAGUAAAGUUAAGGGUGGAAGUGGCAAGGUCAUCAACAGCAAAGCAGAGGAUAGAAUAUUUAUAUUUUACUCUGAUCAUGGAGGCCCUGGAGUUCUUGGGAUGCCGAAUAUGCCAUAUGUAUAUGCUUGGGAUUUCAUCGAUGUUUUGAAAAAGAAACAUGCAUCUAGAGGUUACAAAAAGAUGGUUAUAUAUGUGGAAGCUUGUGAAAGUGGUAGCGUUUUUGAGGGUAUAAUGCCAAAGGAUAUAAAUGUUUAUGUGCAAACUGCGUCUAAUGCACAAGAGAGCAGUUGGGGCACUUACUGUCCUGGUUUUGAUGCUGCUCUACCACCAGAGUACAUCACCUGCCUCGGCGAUUUGUAUAGCGUUGCUUGGAUGGAAGAUAGUGAGACGCACAAUCUAAAAAGGGAAACGGUGAAACAACAAUACAUUUCGGUGAGGGACCGGACUUCAAAUUACAACAAUUACGUCAUAGGUUCUCAUGUGAUGCAAUAUGGCGAUCCUAAUAUAACCGAUGAAAAGCUUUAUUUAUACCAUGGUUUUGAUCCUGCAACGGUGAACCUUCCGCCAAACAAUGGCAGACUAGAAACUAAAAUGGAAGUUGUAAACCAAAGGGAUGCAGAUAUUCUCUUCAUGUGGCAAAUGUAUCAGAGAUUAGGCCAUCAAACCGAAAAGAAGAGAGACAUUCUCGGGAAGAUUUCUGAGACAGUGAAACAUAGGAAUCAUUUAGAUGGAAGUGUGGAAUUGAUUGGAGUUUUAUUGUUUGGUCCAACAAAAGGCUCUUCAGUUCUACAAUCUGUUAGAGCUUCCGGUUUGCCUCUUGUUGAUGAUUGGGAAUGCUUAAAAUCGAAGGUUCGGGUGUUCGAAACUCAUUGUGGGUCACUGACUCAGUAUGGGAUGAAACACAUGCGCGCAUUUGCGAACAUUUGCAACAGCGGUGUAUCCGAGGAUUCAAUGGAGGAGGCUUGUAUGGCAGCAUGUGGUGGUUAUGAUGUAGGGCUAUUACAUCCGUCAAACAAAGGUUUUAGUGCUUGAUUUUGGGUGGUACUUGCUGUAAUCAAUGGUUUGUGCUUCUUGUUCUUUAAAGGCUAUAAUGUGUAUGGUUUGUGUUUGGUUGUGAAAAAGAAAGCAGGGUGGCAUAGGGUAAGGUAGAAACUAAUGGAUAUAUGAAUAGAAUGGGAAAGGAAUCACAGCUCAAUCCAGCCCAAAUAAUGUUAUUUGCAUUUGAGAGAAUGGUUGGGAGAGGAUGAGUGUUUUUAAGUAUUUGGCUAUGUAGACAAAUGUGUAAUAACUUUCCAAUAAAUAAGACAAAUUAAUUAGGAUAUUAACCUAUUAAUAUAAUCUUUUACCAGGGAUAUUUAGAUAUUAA